CUCCCCAUAGAUUAAUUUCCUCAUCUUUAUCCGCAUUCUUGGCAUCCUCGUGUCCAAGCUGAGGACACGGCAGAUGCGCUGCCCAGACUACCGGCUGAGGCUGGCUCGCUCCACACUGACGCUGGCGCCCUUGCUGGGUGUCCAUGAGGUGGUGUUUGCUCCCGUGACAGAGGAACAGGCCCGGGGCACCCUGCGCUUCGCUAAGCUCGGCUUUGAGAUCGUCCUCAGCUCCUUCCAGGGCUUGCUGGUCAGCGUCCUCUACUGCUUCAUCAACAAGGAGGUGCAGUCGGAGAUCCGCCGUGGCUGGCACCGCUGUCGCCUGCGCCGCAGCCUCAGCGAGGAGCAGCGCCAGCCCUCCGAGCGCGCCUCUGGGUCCCUGCCCUUGGGCUUCGGACCCGGCCAGGUCGCCAACCGCCGUGUCCGGUCCUCGGGUACUCUCCCAGGGCCUGGGGAUGCAGCCAGCCAGGUCUUGGAAAGUGACUGCUAGGCAGUGAGAUUCCUGUGUUCGGUUAGCAUGUAUUUAUUGAGCGCCUACUGUAUACCAAACUCUGUGUGGAGGGCCUGGGGGAAAUGGGGGUUAAGGAAACAGAAGACAAGGUCCCUGUCCUCCUUGAGUUCACAAUUCAGUGGGGGAAACAGACCGUGAAGGCAAUACAUCAAGUUAUACAUAACGCUGUGGAAUGGCUUAUGAAGAAAAAUUCAAAGGGGAACUAAGGGGGUCUGGAAGUACAUCUCUGAGGAGGUGACAUUUUUAUGCCAUGCUUGCAAGAGAUGAAGGAGACAGCUUUGGGAAGAACUGGAAGACAAGAUUCUACACAGAAGGAACAGCAUCUGCAAAGGCCCUGGGGCAGGAAGGAGCUUAGACAUUCUUAGGAAUAGAGAGGUGGCCUGCAUGGCUGGAGUGGGAUGAGUCAGAGCCAACAAAAAGGGAGAGAGAAGUGGGCAGGAGCACAGGAGUUGGGAUUUUAUUCCAGGUGCACUGAAAAUUCUUAGCAAGAGCAUCUCAUGGGCUCAUGGUUUAAACAGAUCCUUUUGUCUGCCCUGUGGGCGGAACAGAUUAUUAGGGGCAGGGGUGGAAGCUGGGAGCCUAGUAAGAAGACUGCAAGUGGGAGUUGAUGAUGGCUGGACCAGAGUGGUGGCCAUGGAGGGGCAUGAAAUGGUUGGAUUUGAGAGCUGUUUUAAAGGUAGAACUACGGAUUUGGCAAUGUUUUGCAUGAAGAAAGAGUAGCAAGAAGUCCAGGAAGACUUACUAGGUUUGGGACAGUGGAGAGAGUGAGAGAUGGGGUCCAGGGUGGGGAGAACCAAGCUGGGACUAAGGGUCUGGGGCUCAUAGGAGAGGUCAGAGCUGGAGACAGAAAGGUGAGCGGCACUAGGGUCUCGAGAGGAUUCAGUGUGUAGAUAUAAACAUGGGCAAUCCAGGGUAGGCCUCAGAGCUGAAACCUGACAUCCAGAGGCCAGGGCCGCGGCUAGCUGGGGAGCGUGGCCACACAUCCCCCACCCUCCUGGGCAGCCCCUGGGAACUGGGAGAAUUGAGGGGAAGCCAAUAGCUUCAUUGUAGCUGGACCACCUGUACACACACAAGACCCUCACUCCUAAAUCCUUCCCCUCCACAGAUACACACUUAGAUUCAAUUAGUACCUGGGUGUUGUCUGUUAUUUUCCUUGGGGUCCCCAGCUCCCUGGACAGAUCAACUGAGUCCUUUAAGCAUCAGGUGCCCCUGCUGGACCCCCCUUGUGGGUUCUGGGAGGGUAGGGCUCUUGUAAAUAAAGC